AUGGGAAGCGGAAGCAGAGUUCUGAUAGCGCUGGGAAACGAAAUAAGAAAAGAAAACGUAGCAAAUUUCAAGAGGGGAGAUAUCAGCUUGAUGUACGUGGAUUACCUUAACAGGAAAUAUAAUUUUGGUGAAUGGAUUAAAUCGAGUAAUAUAAAUAGUUAUAUAUGUGAGAAGAAUAAUGUAAUUUUAAUUAAACCGAUAAUAUCAUUACUUCAGAAUUGUAGUAAUUUUCAAUAUAAUGUUGGUAAAUCAAUAAAAAAUAUGUUAAGCUAUUUAAAUUAUAAUAAUAACCCAAAAAAUAUUUGUUUUAUAAUACCAGACACUUAUAGACCAACUGGGAAAUAUAAAUUUAAAAAUUACAUAAAAAUACAUGAAAAAUUAGGAUCAGACUUUUAUAAUAUUUUAAAUUCUAAUAUAAUAAAUAAUUUAAAUGAUACAAAUUAUUUACAAUUAUAUAUUGGUAUAAACAAAUUACAUUAUGACCAAUCCACGGGAGUUAACUCAAUCUUUCAUGAGCCUAUCACUGAACAGGAAUAUAAAGUAUUUUAUAAAACGUUUCAGUUGGCUGAUGAAUAUUUUAAUAAAAAAAUUUUAAAUGCAAAUUUUGUAACUACCAAUUUCAUUGUUUUUAAAAAAAAAUAUCCUGCUAUGGAGCCUCAAAAGCAUUUUAAAGAAAACACCUCAACAAGGAGAUACAUACUGGAUGUGUACAGGCACAUGUACAAGUAG